AUGUUGAGAGGUGAAGGAAGCAAGCCAACAUUCACAAAGAGGGAGGUAACAAGAGGAGCAAGGAGGAUACUCAAGACACUAACCAAGGAGGAUGAGGAAGAGAUUGAGAGGGUGAGGGAAGAGAGAAGAACCAAGAGAAGGAAUGAUCCUAUCAGCAGUGAGAGCGAAGUAGGAGAGUUUGAAAUUGGGGUGAACAUCCCACAUGAGGAGGAUGAUGAGUCCCCAAGUGAAGAAGAGGGUGAGGAGGUCAAUCAAGAGAUUGAGGAGAGUGAGCAUGAGAGCAAUGAGAAUGUGCCAUGGAAGAGGAGGAGUCAGAGGAAGAAGAGGAUGAGCUCCCCAUGUACCAAGAGCAUUAUGAUGCUCUCUUCUCCAUGGACUUUGUGGAGACCAAGUACCCACAUGAUGACACAAUGA